AUGCCGAAGCGCACGCCAGGGACGCCGAGCAAGAAGGCGGCGAAUGCGCCGUUUGCCAAAUUUGCCGAGAAUACCACGUCACCGGUCGCAAGUAGCAGCUCAUCUCCUAAGCCAUGGGCAGGGCGGACGAGCUCGCCGCGCGUGAGCCGUGAGGAGCCGCGCGAUCCCCACGACGCGUUCCUGCUGCCCCGCACCUCGGAGCAGACGCAACACCGGCGGCUACGCACGCUGCUAGCCGACUUUGUCCGGGAGACGACCGAGUGGGAGGAGGUGCACACGCUGGACGGGAUUAAAUGGGCCUCGGACGCGAAGCAGACCUGGGAGGAGAUGGCAAGCCUCCUGCGGCGCCCGGAAAGUGCAUCCAGCGAUGCGCCACCCGCCGAUAUGGACGACGAAAAGCUGCGUGCGAGCCUGAUUCCCCUGCUACAAAACCUCGAGCAGAGCACGGUGCAGCUGCACAAGAUGGUCGAGCGCCUUGUACGUCUACGUUCUCACCAGAAAAAACACGCAGCGCGCAUCACGGCGCUGUCUGACAUGGGCACAGAUCUCUUGAUCGAGACGGCCGACGGCGGGCGCGAGAGCGCGGCGUUUGUCGACCCAAUGUGGGCGACGUGGACGAUGGACCAGUUUGUCCUUGCUAUCCGCUCGCUCGCACAGCAGUAUGCGGUUUCUACCGCCGAGAUUGCCGCGCUCGUGCCGCGCCUUUGUGACGCGAGUGACGACCCGGCGAUGCUUGCCAAGAAACGCGCGGCGCUCGAAGAGUUUGUGCGUCUACCUCACCUACAUCCAUCUGGGCUGUCUGGCACAGCUCCUGCGUUUGGCGCGGAUGCGAGUCUCGCGACUGGCGUCAGCCGCCAUUUCCUCGAGCACGUUUGCGAGGCCGAAGUCCGGGGCUGGGCCUAG